CAGAUCAAUUCCGCCUUACAUGGAGGACCUAAUAACAAAGUAUUAUCGGAAGAGUUUAAUAUAACGAUUACACGAUCAGAUAUUAAAACAUUAUCGAAUUGUAAUUGGCUAAAUGAUGAGGUUAUCAACUUUUAUUUUAAUUUAAUUUCAAGAAGAAGUCAAAAUGAAAAGUCACUGCCCAAGGUACAUGUCUUCAAUACAUUUUUUUAUCCGAAACUAUCAAGCCAAGGAUAUUCUAGCGUUAGACGAUGGACGAAAAAGGUGGAUAUAUUUCAAUUUGAUCUAUUGUUAAUACCUAUACAUCUGGGAGUUCAUUGGUGUUUAGCGACAAUUGAUUUUCGUAAGAAGGAAGUGAAAUAUUAUGAUUCCAUGCUUGGGAGUAAUUAUAAAUGCGUCGAUACGCUGUUAGAGUAUAUCGGUAAAGAAUCCAAAGAUAAAAGGCAAAAAGAAUAUGACGUAUCAGAAUGGAACAGCAUAAUGGUUAAGGACGUGCCACAGCAAAUGAAUGGAUCCGACUGUGGUGUCUUUGCUUGCAAGUUUGCAGAUUGCGUUUCUCGUGACCUCCCUUUGGCUUUCGAGCAGGAAAAUAUGCCAUACUUCAGACAUUUAUUGAUUUAUGAGAUUGUACAUAAAAGGCUUCUGUGA